ACGCUCUCACGCCCCGCGCGCCGUCCCCCGCGCGCUCCACUCCACCGAACGCAGGGACCGAAGCAACGCGGCAUCCCUCAUGGUCGCGUUCCUCCCCGUCGCCGGCGCCGGCAAGGUGGCCGGCGCUAGGGUUCACCCCGUCGUCGUGUUCAACGCGUGCGAUUCCUUCGUCCGCCGCGCGGAGGCGCAGGACCGCGUCAUCGGCACGCUGCUCGGCAGCGUCGGCGUGGACGGCGUCGUGGACGUCCGAAACUGCUACGCGGUCCCGCACAACGAGCAGAACGACACCGUGUACGUGGACGUGGAGUUCCACCGCGCGAUGAUCGAGCUCCACCAAAAGGUGAACCCGAGCGAAAAGAUCGUCGGGUGGUACAGCACGGGCGACGGCGUCGUCCCCACGGACGCGCUGAUUCACGAGUUUUACUCGCACGAGUGCCAGAACCCGGUGCACGUCACGUUGGACGUCGGGUUUAACGAUCGCGCGAAGCUGAUGCGAGCGUGGACCGGCAGCAGCAUCGCGAUCGGCGCGCAGGCGAAAUCGGCGGCGGACGCCGCGGGGGACAAGGCUGCCGCGGCGGCGGCGAUCGCGGAGAAGAAGGAGACCGCGCCGGGCGAGGACGGCGACGACGCCGCGGCGACGGGGCCCGGCGACGACGCCUCCGCGUCCGCCGCGAAGCCGCCCGCGGCGAUCCACUUCCAAGAGAUCAAUCUUACAAACGUCUUCGACGAGGCGGAGCGCGUGGGCGUAGCGAGGCUCUGCGCGCCGUCCUCGGACGCGUCCACGUCCGACGACGUCAGCGGCGCGGACGGCUUACAGAAGACCGUCGCGAAGCUGUCCGGGAUGCUCGACGACGCGGCGAAGCACGUCGCGGCGGUGUGCGACGGGAAGGCGCCGGCGGAUGCGGAGAUUGGCCGGCAUCUGUCGGACGCGUUGUCGGCGGUGCCGCGGCUGACCAAGGAGCAGUUCGAGAAGCUGUUCGGGGACUCCGUCGCGGACGUGCUGCUGACGCGGUACCUCGCGAACAUCACGAAGAUGCAGCUGAUGCUCGCGGAGAAGCUCCAGACGACGUCCUUGCUCGUGUAA